CGAAUGCGAAUGACGUCACAAGCCAAAGUUGACGCUUUCGAGUCCAAAGGGGAAAAUAUCAAAAUGUCUACCUCAUUGAAAGCAAUUACGCCGGUGCAAUUAUUCGUCUGCGGAGUCAUUAUUGUGGGUGGCCACAAUGUCUAAGUGGAUAGCCAAAUAAUAACCACUGGACAGGAGCCAAAGAGAGUUGGUGACAAGAAAAAAAAUUUACAACUAUCUCUGCGAUUGUGUUGUGGUCCUAUUCUGCCAUUGGCGCCACGAAGCAACAAACUACAACACUUUUCAGAAGUUCCAUCAAAUACACACACACACACACACACACUUGUGAAAGACGUGAAAUGAACAACUGAAGUGUGGCGUGGGUGGUGGCGGGGGGCGUGGCUCGGCACGAUGGACGCUGCCAGUACCUUCCGAUAUUACUUCAAGCACCCGUGGUCGCGCAUCACCGUGGCCUACCUGGUCAUCUUCCUCAACUUCCUCAUCUUCGCCGAGGACCCGGUGUCCCACAGUCAGAAGGAGGCGCGCAUAGCUGUGGUGGGCAACUGCUUCUCCUUCCUUUUCAGCAAGUACCCAGGAGUGGGGUGGAACGUCCUCAAAGUGGUGUGCUGUCUACUGGCCAUUUUCACCGGCCUCCUCGCCGGGAAGUUAGUAUUUCACCAACAGCUUUUUGGUCGAUACCUGCGCUUGAAAGUGUUCCGCGAGGAUCAUGGCUCCUGGAUGACCAUGUUCUUCAGCACCAUCCUCUUCCUCUUCAUCUUCUCGCACAUCUACAACCUCGUCCUGCUGAUGGCUGGUAGCAUGGAGUUUCACAUGGUGACGGAUCACAUGGGCAUCAAGAAUGCGACUUUUAUGAAGAUUGCUGCAGUGGGUACCUGGAUGGGGGACUUUGUCACUGCGUGGAUGGUGACAGAUAUGAUGCUUCAGGAUGAUAAUUAUCCGGACUGGGGGAAAGCUGCUAGAAGGUUCUGGAAACAAGGCAACAAUAGGAUUGUACUCUUCUGGUCCGUGCUCGUCUUGCUGACGUCAGUGGUUGUUCUAGCCAUCGUUUCCGACUGGAUCUGCUGGGACAGCCUGAACCAAGGCUUCUUGCCCAGCGAUGAGGUCUCCAGAGCCUUCCUGGCCUCCUUCAUCUUGGUCUUCGAUCUCCUCAUUGUCAUGCAGGACUGGGAGUUCCCUCACUUCAUGGGUAACCUGGAUAUAAAUUUGCCAGGCUUGUCAACCUCACAGGUGAAUUUCAAACUUCCUGUCUGCAGAAGUAUCGUCAAAGAGGAGUAUCACAUUCAUAUCACAGGUAAGUGGUUCAACUACGGCAUCAUCUUCCUGGUGAUGAUUUUGGACCUGAACAUGUGGAAGAACCAGAUCUUCUACCAGCCGUACGAGUAUGGUCAGUACGUGGGGCCCAAAAAGGAGAUCUUCAACGUGGAAAAGCCAGACACACUCAAGAAGUUCAACCGCAGCACGCUGACUUUCGAGUGGCGCUCCACCAACGUUGACCCGAGCACCAACCACGCCUACGUGAAGCAGGACAUGUUUCUGCACAGCCGCUACAUCGGGGCCAGCAUGAAGAUCAAGUGGCUGGCCUUCAUCCCCAGCCUGAUGGCAUUCUUCAUCUUCGGCUUCUUCGUCUGGCGGCUGGGCCGAUUCCAGAACAGCAAGACCUUGACGGAAAACCAAGACAAGAGCUACGAGAGGAUGAUGAGGAAGUCGCCGACCGAAUAUAGCAAAGAGAUGGGUGCCACCCCCGAAGAAAUGCAAGAUUUCAGCGUGUCGGACAGCCUCAAGCCCUCGGGAACGUCCAUGCUGCUCUUGGUGGACGGAGCGCACUUAGCAGCGACGCCCUCUGCCAGUUUGACGGAAACCCAAGAGACACGACCCGGUGUUGCGAUUGCCACAGAGCCGCCUGAGGAACCGGACGUCUUUCAAGACACCCCGUCCCUCAUGUGGCUCGGUGUCAAUCAGGACGAUGAGGUGUGCGAGGAACCGGAUGUCUCUCAAGACGUCCGCCAAGAGUCGCCAUGACCUACGAACUCAGCGAGCCAUAUCAGCCUUUCUGCGUAUAUUUUCUUAACGCUUUCUUGUGAAGCCAAAACUGUUCGGCAGAUCUUUCCAGACACAACUUUGGCACGGUGCUUCCUGGGAUAUUUUGCAUUUCCAUAAUUCAGUGCCUUUUACCCAAGGCCUUUUCCUUGACUGCCACUGGUCUCAGGUCCCAUUCGUCGUACCACAGCGACAGUCGUGCCUUGAUAUUUCAUACACUUCACAAAUCUAAACCUCGAUGAGUACAUAGUACUUGAAGAUGUUCUAUUUAUGAUAUUUAUGAUCUGCUGCAGUCAUCUUAUUCACACUUUGAUACCAACUUCUUCUCUUAGCUGUACUCAGAGUACAGGGGGUCCUCGGAUUAGAACAGUCCAGACAUAACAGCGUUUUGAGGUUAAAAACGUGGCACAAAUAGCUAGUUUGCGCAACGGUGUAAGAAUACGUGCACAAGAAGCACACUCACCGCCAUACUUACUGUUUUUCAUUCGAUUAGUUGAUAUUUAGGGUCCAGAAAUGUUUUUUUCAUACAAAUGUGAAGCAUGAUUAUGACUUUACUACAGUAAACCCCUGCUUUUCGUUGGGCAUAGGGACUGUUGUGCUCCAAAUAGCAAAACAAUGCAAGUAAUUACAACUCCUUAAAUGUUAAUAGUUGGCUGCAGUAAUAGUUUAAACCUAAAAUAUACCCUGAGCUAUGAUCCCCAAAUACUUUAAUAUCAUUUCAAACGCUCUAAAAAUAAAUGGCUUUCAGAUUAUUUGAUGUGCGAGGAAAUUGGCAUGUAUGACGUCACUUCACAAUCUGUAAAAAGAGCAAUUGUCAAGCAAUAGCGUUAGCUUAGGCUUUUUAAUAGCCACUCAGCAGAGCAAAAACAUACAAAUGUGGCGAAGACUCACUUUAACUUCCAUUACCAACCCAGGCUAAACAUACACUGCUAUUUUUCUCACAGUCAAAACAUUAUCACUUCAACAAUACUUCCUUGACACCAAUUUAUACUUAUCUAUUAGCCAUGACGUUGGUGCCAUUUUGUGACACCUUAGGGCAUUACAGAAAGAGCACAAAACGGGCAUAGGUACGUUUGCAAUUAGCUGAGGAUUAGUUCCACGAAAAAAAAAACAGAAUAGGUGUAUUUGUGAAAACGAACCAAAAAUAGGUGGGGCUCAAAGUACUGCCUUCACUUAGUAGUGAUAGACUAUGGCGUGUUUCGACUUGCGUACAAAUUUGGGUUACAUCGCUAUUGUUAACCAAGGACCGCCAGUAAUAUUCAUUCGCUAAUCUUGACCAAUAACACCUUUGAAAGGCGUUGACCAACUCCAUCAACAGGAAACCCAACAAGACACCUCAAGAGUUUGUGCAAUUCUCACUCUUCUAAAUAAAAGCUGACAACUUUCCCCUGGAGUACAUUGUCUACAUAAACUGUUGCCUUCGGGUCCCAAAAUUGUGGGAAAAGUUGAAAACUCCUCAUGGGAAUUUACGUGAAUCUACGUGAGGCAAAGGUUUGCGGUGCGCGUGCGUUGUGAACGUAGCAUAAGAAGUCAUAAAUCUUGAAGCUUAAUUGUUGUAGCAAGCGCCUAACAAAUUACAGUGCUGCCUUGAGCUGCAAGUGACCCGACUUACAAGUUUUCUGAGAUGAGCGCCAUCGUUGGAACGAUUUUUUUUUUUUUUUGCUUUGAUUUCAAAGCAAAAAUUGAUAUACAAUUGCUGUAUGGUGGCGGUAAACUGAAGUCUCUUUACAACAAGCAGCAGUCUGGCACAAAGUCAACAAUUCUUCAUAAAAGAAGCGUCGAGCUGCUUAGUGCCACUCCCAUUUGAAGUGUCAAACUAAACAUAAAACAAAUAAUUACACUUUGGGUAUUUAAAACAGCCACAUAACUUUGCCUUAAAUUCUGCUAGCUUCAUGCUAAACCAUAAUAUGAAAUGCCAUUGACUGGGUAACGAAUAGCAUCAGUGUCACAAUGUUAUCGCCAAUCAAGCAAUGGAUAUUUGAACACAACCGGUAGAGCAACACAUGUAGGCAGAUAAUAUAACACUACUCACUGGGAUAUAUUCUUUACCCUCUGCGAAGAAUGGUUAAUAGUACAACGGCUUACUGAAGAGGUGAGACUGUCUCUGUGUAGAGUAGAACUAUGUCUGGAUUGUACUGUCCCCAGGUGGUCAAUGCGCACACACCAGAAGGAGCAGUACAAUGUCCAUUGAACUGAAGCAAAAAAUGCGGCAAAAACUAGUUAAUUCUUCACAUUCUAUUGAAUUCUGUCAUUACUUUAUAUUUUAUAGUAUUUAAGGUAUAAUAUUAUAAGAUCGCUAUUUUUCUUAUUAAGAAAGAGACAUUUCAAAAGUUUUUGUUUUUUAGUAGGUCGGAACAGAUUAAUGGUAUUUCCAUUCUUUUCAAUAGGGAAGGAUGAUUUGAGACACGAGUGUUCUGAGUUACAAGCGUGGUAAUGCAACUUUAUGCCAGCCUUCUCCAUCAAAGUGGAGACAUGGCUUUGCCUUGUUCCAAAGUGCCCGCUUUUGUCCUCUUUUUGUGCCCGUUUGGUGUCGUACUAUGUAGAUGCACUUUUAUUUCUUUAAAAUAUUGUCCUUCAAAAGCUUUGUAAAACAUCUCCUGAUUUCUACCAUUUCCCUCCCUUUUUUUCUGCAUAUAUUGGUGACAACCUCAUACGGAGAAAAGGUCUAAUUGAAUAACAAACGUAUUACUCACAGACAUAAGUGCAAUAAUAGGAUUUGCCUUUGCAUUCAUCCAAAUUAUGAGACACUCAGCGCAUGACACUGUAAUAUUCGGAAUGCGUUUCACUUUUAAAAGGAGCCAAAAGAUAAAAGAAUAAAUCAAUAAACAUUUAAGCACUUACAGGAAUACUAACCCAUCUGAUUAAAUAUUGACUUUGGUGGCGUAAACAGAGUUUCAUAAUCUCUCUGAAUUUGAUAUUUACAAAUACAGUAUAUUGUAAGCACUUUCUUUAAUUAUACAGGUUUUAAUGAACAUUUAGUCAGCCAUUGUGUGUAUAUUUAAAUGACGUUUGAUUUGACAUAAGAGGCUGUACAUUUUUCAUUAUACAUGUGCGUGCAUGCGGCCACCGGGUGAAGCGGUGGAUGUAUUUCCCAUAAUAUUCUGGAAGCGCUCGGUCGUGUAAUUUAAACAUGAAAUGGCCCUAUGAAGACAUUAAGUGUUCAUUUUGUAGGGGGCUUUAAUGUGUUGCUAAUGUAAAAACUUCACUUCUUGUUUGUUUGUUUGUUUUUUCAAAGGGGACAAAAAAAAAUCAUCAUUUGCUCAAUGUAUUCAAAAUGUCUGCUGAACCAAUAAA